UUAGUAUUAAAGUAUUGGCAUUCCACCGGCCACAAAACUCUACCACAUUAACCAUGUGUGAAGUUCAAAAGUACUUUAUUUAAUUCCUUGAGAAAAGCUGUUGAAAGCAUGUGUGUUGCUUUGCUUUUUCAUCAUGCACUCGGAGACCAAACAUGCAUAAAUUGUUUUAAUUACUUUAUGAAGAUAAUGCGGUCAAAGAGCCUCAACAGCAUGGAGGAUUAAUUAAACAUCAUAUAGUGGUCUUGCUGUCAAGGCGUGAACCAAGAGAAAGCUUGCUAUCUUUGGUUUCUGUUGCUCUAAGCAAAGACUCGAAAAGAGGAGAGGUGGGAGACAUGCUUUUUAAGCAUGAACAUCAAAAUCAGAUCGGUUCUUCAAAAUACCAAAAGCUGAAGAAAAUUGCAGGUUCUCUUUUAGUCUUCUUCCUUUCAGUCAUGUGCUCUCUUUCAUUUUACACAUCCUCACGGUCGAAAAAGAAUAAGAAGAAAAUAGCAGCUACGUUUUCCAUCUUCACAACCUUGCUGUCAAAGAAUAAGAAAAGGAGGAAGCAGCUGUAUUGAUUUCGAUCUCGCCUUGCUGUCCAAUCAUGAACACGGAAGUGGGAAGCAAUUGGUUCCCAUCUCGUCUUGCUGUCCACUCGAUGCAAUCAUGAAGUCUUUGCUGUCUAAGAUGAAAGAUGGAACAUCAACGUGACAGAGCCUCUAGCUCCAUUAAUUGUCCACCUUUGUUUGAUGGAGAAGAUUACUCACAAUGGAAGAUUAUGAUGAGGGCGUUUCUCUACUCUCAAGAUGAAAAUAUGUGGAAUAUAGUGGAAAUUGGUUGGGAACAUCCAACCAAGGCAGAAGACUCCAAGAAAGAAGCAGAUGUGAGUUCUACAAGAAUUCCUAAGCCUAGAAAGGAAUGGACUGAGGAGGAGGUUCGUGACAGAAAUUGUGAUUUCAAGGCACGAAAUUCAUUAUUCACAGCUCUAUCCAAGAAGGAGAGAAUGAGAAUUAGCCACUGUGACACUGCCAAACAAGCAUGGGAUCUUCUCCAAGUCACCUAUGAAGGAAAUAAAAAAGUUAGAGGGCAGAAACUUCAACGGCUAGUCUUGGAAUUUGAGAAUAUGUCAAUGGCUGAAGAUGAAUCAAUUGACGACUUUCAUGCUCGGCUUCUCAAUGUAACUAGUCAAUGUCGGAGCUUGGAUGAUCCAGUUGAGGAGCACCGAAUUGUCAAGAAGUUUCUUAGAUCUCUUCCUCCAAAAUUCCAGGCCAAACAAAUUGCUAUUGAGGAGGCUCAGGAUCUAGAUAUCUACUCUCUUGAUGAACUGGUGGGAAAUCUCAAAACUUUUGAGAUGAGACUCAAACCGAAUAAAAAGGUAAAAGAUGUUGCUUUUUCUUCCGUUAAAAAUAAAGAUGAUAUUAUUGAUAAUUCUGUGGAUUUAGCUUUAUUAACAAAAGAGUUCAAAAACUUUCUGAAAUAUAAAAACUCUUCUGGAAAUAAUUCAAAGAACUUUUCUGACUCAAAAAGAGGUCAAAUAUCUGAUAAUCGUUUUGACAAAAAUUCAAAAUUUGUCAAAAUUGCUCAAAAGAAAAGUUUUCCUGACAAACCUAAAUGUUAUGAAUGUGGUGGAAUUGGACAUAUUGCUGCUAACUGUGGUAACAGGAGAUAUAAUUCACGUGAUAACAAAGCUUUAAAAUCCACAUGGAGUGAUAGUGAUGAAGGAUCUCAAUCGGAUUCUGAAGAGGAUGAGCUACUUAAAGUCAAGGAAAGUUUCAACAAAUUCUCUAUAGGGUCAGAAAAGGUUUCUAAGAUGAUGGGAAUUGGCAAAGCUCAUGGUAAUAAAGAAGGAUUAGGUUAUAAUGGUGAGUCCUGCAAACCCUUGGUGUUUGUAAAAGUGUGGGAGGUGAAAAUUUCUCAAGUCAGGCACAAAGCACUAGUGACAACAAGUCUGCCACCAAAUUGA